AUGCAGAUCCAAGAUCACGAACUCACAUAUAUCGAGUUGCUUAAGUAUGGAGUGCAACAAGAAAUACAAGCAGGUUGUAGUUAUUCAUAUAAAACUAGGAAAGAAAGAAAUCAAAUCCAAUUUAAUUGUAAGUGGCCGAAUUGUCCAUGUCGCUUCCUUGUUGAUACACUUCCCGAUGACAAGUACCACAUACGAAAAUGUAUUAACACCCACAAUCAUUCUGCCCCUUUUCCAAACAAAUCACAACAAAUUACAUCAUAUUUUUAUAGAUCUUAUUUAACAAGAUAUUUUGAAUCAAAUCAAGACCGUGUUUACGCACAAUUAAGGUGUUUCAAAGAUCUUAAUAUCCCAUUUGAUAGUGGGAUCAUUCCGGAAAUGUUUCAACAAUCUACAGAUGCUUUAAAAAAGUUUUCUAAACGCCUUCAUGCAAUCAAUACCCGUUUCUCAGCGGAUGAUGUUACAUCUCUUGCAAUUUUUGUCGACAUGGUUAAGAGUCAUUCUCCGGAUGAUCUCAUCGAGUUUAUUCACGAGCCAGAUCGUAUGAUUUUCUAUUACGCCCCAUUCGAAGCAAAUGCUUUUUCACAUCAAAUACAAACUUAUCACAUUGAUUCCACUUAUAAGCUCUUGCGCUCUCGCAUACCAUUUUAUGCCGUCACUGGCAAAUUCGCGGAAUCAAUUGUUUUUCCGUUUUUGUAUUUUUUCGUUUGGCCCGACACAAGUGAAAAUAUACAAGUUUGUCUCACAGCAUAUUUUGGCUCCAUCAAUCGCGAACCAUCUUAUUUUUCAAUGGACUGCGCACCUCAAAUCACAAAUGCUGUUGAAACAGCCAUCCCCUUAUGCCAGAUCAUUUGGUGUGGCGUUCAUGUGUUGCGCGCUGUCAUGAGAAAGGCUGAAAAGUUUCAAGAUCGUUCCAACUUCGAAACUUUCUAUAACUUAAUGAAGUUAUUGGUCUUUG